CUUGUUUUGUAAUUUCAACCGGAUGAACCCGGACUUGCAUUGCUUCACAGAUCCACUUUGAACUUGGAAGACUUCUCUAUGCUCGCAGCUAGGGCGUCAUCGCGAACUAUUCAGCGCGUGGCGCGUAAUUUUGCCACCGUAGUCGACAGUGCUGGCAUCAAAGUAGCUGCGGUAGAUAAUAACCAGCCCACGACCUCCGUCACAUUUCUCAUCAAAGCUGGCAGCCGUUUUGAACAUAAAGCUGGAGUGGCCCAUGGCUUGAAAAACUUUGCUUUCAAGAGCUCUGCCAAAAGGACGGCGCUCGGAACAGUCCGCGAAAGUGAAAUCUAUGGUGGUGUCUUGUCAGCGAGCUUGUCUCGAGAACAUCUUGCUCUUACGGCCGAAUUUCUGAGGGGUGACGAGCAGUAUUUCGUGGACGUCCUUGCCUCUUUUGUCACCUCUGGUAGAUUUACCCGCCAUGAAUAUGCUGAAUACGUUGCACCUGUAGUGGAAAGCGAAAUCGAGGAGUCGAAAUUCAAUCCUGGCUUCCAGGCAAUUGAGGCUGCCCACGCUGUUGCCUUCCACAACGGGCUUGGCUCAUCCUUAUUGGCUUCUCCUCACAACUCCAUAACGCAUGAAGACAUCCGAUCUUUUGCUCAAUCUGCAUUCACUCGAGACAAUAUCGCUGUUCUUGGGACCGGCAUUGACCAGGCCACACUCGCGAGUUUGGUCGAACAAUCCCUCAGCAAAAUUUCCGCAACCUCGCAGAUAUCAUCUUCUGCUUCUUCGUAUUUCGGUGGCGAGACACGUUUGCCGGCACAUGGUGGUCCCCAGACUGUGUUCGUUGGCUUUGGAAGUGCUGGUGCACCUACUCCCGAAAUUGCAGCUCUUUCUGCGUACCUUUCCCCCACUCCUUCGGUGAAAUGGUCUAAAGGCUCUUCGCCGAUCGCUGCUACCAUACAGGAGGGCACGACGGUUGAGGUUGUGCAUCUAUCAUACUCUGAUGCCUCCCUCUUCGGUCUUCUUGUCCAGGGUCCUUCCGGUUCCGCUGUCAAAGAAGCUGGGAAAGCUGCCGUACAGGCAUUGAAAACUGUAUCUAAUGGCUUGAAGGGAGAUGAUCUCAAAAAAGCCUUGAGCAAGGCUAAAUUCACAGCAGCGUCUGCCGUCGAUAGUCGGGAAGGAUUAGUGUCUAUCUUGGGUUCAAAAGUGCUUUCGGGACACGAGUCUUCCCUUGACACUACCCUCGCAUCGUUCGAUAAAGUGUCGGAAAUUACCUUUGCAAAAGCCGCUUCCACGCUGGUCAAAGUCAAACCAGUCUUUGUCGCAGUUGGUGAUGUUGCUACUCUUCCGUAUGCCGAUGAGCUUGGCCUUUGAAGUACGACUCUCCCAUUAGCAGCCAAUCGCAUAGACUAGUUCGAGCUCGAAUUGAAUGUCCUUCGUUUUUGCUCCCUUUCGUUCUCUCUUGCCUCAAUUAAACUUCCAUCAUCUCAGAAUGAUUUACGGGCUCUCGCUGUCUCCAUCUCUAAAAAGGAGCUAGUCGUCAAGGUUGGGCAACAUUUUGCGGGAUUUAGCCGAAACUGCUCUCCCUGUUGUACAAUUGUUACAGUACAUCUUCGAGCUGAGUUGCUAAUUGAAAAACUGUAAAUUGUAUCUCAGUCUGACGAAGGUCCGACUUGGAAAGAUAUAUCUAAUCCACUAGCGAAAUCCUGCGUCUAUUUAUGGUAGUAGUUGUUACCUAGUUUUCAAUAUCGACGCAAACUUAUUAAAUGCAGUACCAACCUUGGGAUGCACUGUCUAGUAGAGGUUCUCAGGAAGCUUGGGCUUUGACUUUUGACAAUACUCAGCAGAGUCCUUUAAAGUUACAAUAAUGG